AUGCCUGGAACCUUGAAAAAUUCAACUCUAAUAAAAAAAUAUAAGGAAUUUUCACUUAAUUUUUCUUCAGAAAAUUUAAAAGAACCACCUUCACAAUGCCAUCAGUUUGAAAAACGUCAAAACUGCAUUAAUUGUUUCAGCAUUGCAUUAGCUUCAAAACGAUCAAAAUUAGCGGCGAUUUCUUUUGAAGGAAUACAAAUUAUUCUUCGAGAUAAUGCCGAUUUUGGCUCAGAAGAUCAUACACCGGAGGGGCAGAGUCGCGCCGAACAGCUAAUCUCACUUCUUUUCGAUAUACCUCAAUGGCAUGAAUCGCCUUCUAAUCAAUGUCAAGCAUUAACAGUUUUAGUUCAAUUACUCUCGUCAACAGAAAUAUCAAUAGGCUUGAAGGAUGUAUUGAAUGGUAUUGAGAUUUGCGAGCAAGUUUUUUCCGUAGCUGCUGCACAUGCCAACAGUGUCCGGCCAGCAGCUCGAGCAGCCCUUACUCAAUUUCUCAAUUCUUACGUUCAGAAUCGUUUAGCAGUUUCAUUUGAAGAAGAGGAAUGUACAGAACAUAUUGGGGCUCGAAUGGAUAUAACAGCAUUAAUUAGCGAAUUGGUUGCUAGAAUGGUUGGGAGAUCAACUGUGGAAAGGGCUUUGGGGAAUAAUAAAGAAAAUGAUUUGGUACAAAAACAACAACCUCUGCUGCUUCCAUUGGAUGCUUUAAUCAGUAUUUUGAGUGCUUUGGAACCUUCAAUCUUGGAGAGGCACAGACCGCUUUUUAAUUCUAUAAAAGGUGAAUUGUUACCAGCAAUAAUUUGUUAUCUUCACGCAAGUGGAAGAAAAAGCUCUCCAAAUCCAGAAUGUUCAGAUCCUACACCUAUUCCAAAAACUUCUCUGCUUUCACGUGUAGGGCGCAAACAACUUAGUUCAGACAAUUCAAACACAAAUUCUCCUUCUUCAGCAAUUAUAUCGCCUACAGCAAAAAUUGCGUUGGAAGGGGCGGAGAGUGCACGAUCAUUUAAUCAUGUUGUUGAGCAACUUUUACGCUUGUUCACUCCCUUGGCCCUUUCCCCAUUUAAUUCUGACCCAAAUGAAAUUUUCGUUUUAACUGAAGAAUUGUGGAGAUCUGCAUUACUCGUCCCUCCAAUAUCUCGAAGAACGGAAGCUAUCCGAUUAAUUAAACGUCGCUGUAUAGAUCAGAAUUCUUUUGGGGAAUUUUUACAGUUAAAUUGUGCUUCUGGAAAAGACUCUUUUUGGCUAUACUUAAUUGAGUGUUUGGAAGAAUGUUGUUGUUGUUCUAAUAACGAUAAAAUGGCUAUUGAAGUUUUGAGAACACUUGCUGCGUUGGUAGGAAUUUAUAGUUGGAUUCACUAUAAGAUACCCCCAAUAGAUAGUUUUUGUUUGGUUGGACAUGGAGGUUGGGGGUAG